AAAGGAAGGAACAAUCGUCGCGUCUCUCAUUUCUUCUAGUAUUCUUCUCGUUCAAUCCAAAAAGCAAUCAGAGGAAUCUAAUGGCAUCACGAGACAAGAAACCAGCCAAGCCAUCCAGCAGUCGUGCUGGCGGUAUACGUACUCUCUCCGAUCUCAACAGACACUCCGGCCCCGAUUCCGACAGCGACGAUGAUGCUCCUCAAGAGUACUACACCGGUGGUGAGAAGAGUGGUAUGCUUGUGCAAGAUCCUUCAAAAGGUAAUGAUGUGGAUGCAAUUUUCAAUCAAGCUAGGCAACUGGGAGCUGUUGAAGGUCCUCUUGAUCAGUUCCAUCCAUCUUCAAGCUCAAGAAGCUUUACUGGAACUGGUAGAUUACUAUCAGGGGAAACUGUGCCAUCUGCUCCUCAGCAACCUGAGGCUGUGGUUCACAAUAUUGUAUUCUGGACCAAUGGUUUCACUGUAAAUGAUGGCCCUGUGAGGAGGUUGGAUGAUCCAGAAAAUGCAUCUUUCUUAGAGAGCAUCAGAAAAUCUGAGUGCCCAAAGGAGCUUGAGCCUGCAGAUAGAAGGUCCUCAGUUCAUGUCAAUCUGAUUAGAAGGGAUGAACAGUAUCCAGAACCAGAGAAGCAGCGGCAUGUUCCAUUUCAAGGUGUUGGAAGAACUCUAGGUAGCAGCAGUACUCCAGCAGCAACUGAACCAACUGUUGAUUCAGCUCCUUUGAACACUGCCCCAACCCCAUCCAGUGGCCUGGUUGUGGAUGAAACACUGCCAUCAACUUCUGUUCAGCUUAGGUUGGCAGAUGGGACACGCAUGAUUACCCACUUCAAUUACCACCACACUGUGAAUGACAUUCGAGCUUUCAUUAAUGCAUCUAGACCUGGAGGCGCUCAGAAUUAUCAACUGCAGCUGAUGGGAUUUCCUCCCAAGGUUCUUACAGAUCCAAAUCAAACAAUAGAGCAAGCAGGGCUUGCCAAUUCAGUGGUUAUUCAGAAAUUCUAGCCAAGCUGGAUGGAGGGUCGCAUGUUUUCUUUAGUCAUUACUCAGCUGCUUAUUGUAACAAGCAAACAAAUUCUAUGGACAUGUGGAACUCAUUCUCCAUUUCCUAUAUAUGAAAAGAGGAUUUCGGUGGCCGGUUGAAUGGUUAUUGUUAGUCAA